UUCAGUUACCUCACUGUCACCGGUAGCGUUAGCACUUAGCAGUUGUUUGAAUACAAAUUCUGCAGUGCUCCAUUAGUAGUUUUGCAUAUAUCACAUUAGGAUGGGUUUAUUAAGUAAUCCAUCUGAUAAACAAUUGUCUCCUUUAUUGUUAAAAUUUGUUGGUAAGCAAAAGGUGCUGUCCAGCUUGUUUUACAUUGGAAGCAUUGUGUGGUUUGUUUGUCUUGCCUAUCGCCAGUUCAACGCCGGAACUUAUUUCUCUGAAAAUGCAUUAUUACCUGGUCUUGUACAUUCCAAUUUUAAGGAAGAUUUCCUUGCCCGUCAGUAUGUAGCUGCCAUCAAAGCAGAAGCUGAAAGAUACCCAAAUGGAAUGCCCCAUGCAUUCAUUGCUGCUCAGUUCAAACAAUUAGGAUUAGAUACAUUCACCCACAACUUUUCUGUCAAAUAUCCAUUAGAUGAAAAUGAGGUUUAUUCUGGCAAAAAUGUUUAUGGCAUUUUAAGGGCUUCAAGAGGGGCUAGUACAGAAUGCCUUGUAAUGUCUGUUCCUUACCGACCUCCUGAUUCUGUACUGACGGGAACCAAUGCUGGAAUUGCCGUUAUGCUUUCCCUGGCAGCAUCUUUUCGGGCGGCCUCAUACUGGGCUCGAGAUGUUAUUUUUGUUGUAACGGAGCAUGAACAACUUGGCAUGGAAGCUUGGUUAGAAGCUUAUCACUAUACAUCGUCUGGGUCAAAUUCAAUUGAUUUUGGGCAGUUGGAUGCCCGUGCUGGUGCCAUACAAGCUGCAAUCAAUUUAGAAAUCCCAUACGAAAAGAUAUCUCAUAUCGAUGUACGAAUGGAAGGGUUGAAUGGGCAACUUCCAAAUUUAGAUCUCGUUAACCUUGUACAUAGACUGUUCCAGCAGGAGAGAUUUACAACCACUUUGAAAGAGAGGGAGGACUAUCCGGAUCCACUUAGUAUGGAAGGUUGGAUAUAUUCCGCUUCGUCAUUACUGACUUUAAUGGCCUCUCAAGCAACUGGAGUGCCCACUGGGAAUCACGGCCUCUUCCACCGGUUUGGAAUUGAAGCCUUAACAGUGGCUGGCUCGUAUAAGAGAGGGUGGCAUGGAUCAAAUUUUCUGUUGAUGGGAAGAGCAAUCGAGGGUAUCAUGAGAAGUUUGAACAACCUGCAAGAAAGAUUUCACCAAUCUUUUUUCUUUUAUCUAUUACCUGCUACCAAUCGCUAUGUUUCUAUUGGUGUAUAUAUGCCGCCAUUUGGGCUUAUGAUUGGCUCGAUGUUAUUACAAGCUGUUGCACUUUAUAUAUCACGAAAAGAGAAUCCAAAUGAAAAACAAAAUUGGAAUUUCCUUAAUUUAGGCUCGUUUGUGUUGUACAGUACGAUUUGUGGUUUGCUUUUUUACUCGGCGCCCGAAAAACUUACAAUAUUUAAUCGUUCUAUGGCAUUGGGGCUAAGCACGGAAGACGUUGUUUUUGGAGGAUUUUGUAUGCUCAGCGUAAUUCAUUGCAUUUUAACUUCAACUGUUGGCGUCAGGAUGCUAUCCAUACAACGAUUAUCUGCCAAUUGUGUUCAAUGCGCAAUUCUUUUACUAACAUCUACUCUGAUGUACGCAGUUGCGAUGGGCAAUAUUUCCCUUGCCGUGCUCACUUGUUUUAUAAUCAGUCCGGUAUUUUCCAUUGCCAAGCCAGUUUCCCAAAGGUUCUUGAAAUAUUGCCGCUACGCUGUGCUAAUGUUAGUACAUCCACUAUCGCUGCUGUUUAUCGCUACACUUAUUGAUACUUACAGAGUGUUUCCGGAAGAAAUAAAUCAACCUUGGAAAUUUUUAGGCAAAACACAUAUAGCUGCCCAACGUGCUCUGAUUUACGCGGUUGUUGAUGGAACGUUUUAUGGAAAUUGGCUUUUCUUUGCUGUAUCAACUCUUUACUUGCCGCUGUGGUCACUUGCCUGGGCAAAUUUGAGUAAUUUAUCACGUUAAUAAAAUUUUGUCGCCCUUUGUUGUAAAUUUUCCGUAAGUCAUCCGAUUAAAUUUUCAUUUUUUUAUCAUGCA